UUUCAGGGAAACGGAUAAAUGAAGAUAAAGAAAGAGAAAGAGAAGAGAAGUGCUUCGAGAAAAGGGGUUAAAUACAAGGAGGAAUCGAUGUUGAAUGGUAUCAAGCAUCCCACAGAAAAACUUUGGAUGAAAGCUAAUGGGCAGGUGGAAAGUAAACAGCAGGACAAAAAGUUCACUCGUAAAAGACGUGAGAAGGGUAAUACAGACCUUCCAGAAGCGAAAAAGAAGCGAGUAUCAUUUGCUGCCGAUUUGGAAAGGAUGAAAGUAUUUGACAAAAAGAAGAGGCUAACAAUCUCACCGUCAACAGCUAGUCCUGGUAGAAGUAUCAUUAUGAAGAAAGAAGAUGGGUCGGAAAAUUCACCAAGUUUGUUUGUAACUCCAAACUCUAGAGGCAAAGUCUUAGGACGAGAGAAUAUGCUUACGCGUUUGACAAUGAGAGAAGCUCACAAUGAGGCCACAAAAACAGAAAAACCAAAGCAGGAGGCCUCCAUGGAUUCAACAGUAAAACUUGCUAUACCAAUCUCGAAAAGAAAGGAGACAAAAAAAUCAAGAAAAAGACAAGUGCAGAAAAUUAGUGGUGGAAAAAUUCGGCCAGUGAGUGGAAGGAGAAAAUUAGAAGUAACGCGGAAAGUGAAACAAAAGUUGUUGAGUAUGCCGAAAAAAGAACGCAAAAUGUAUAUUCGAGAGUUACGGAAGAAACACAAGCCACAUUUUGACCUUGUACUUCAAUGCAAACAUCUGUGGGAGAAAUUACGCUGUGGAAAAACGAAUGAGACUGAGCGAAAGAAAGUGGCCACCGAAAUUUUUGGAAUAGUGGAGGGGAAAGUGAAGGAAUUAAUAUUUGCGCAUGACGCGUGCCGAGUUGUGGAAUGCAUGGUAACAAAUGGAGGGAGCGAUGUACGAAAUGCACUUUUUGAAGAGCUUGUAUCAGAGAUCAUCAGUAUGGCAAAGUCAAAAUAUGCUCGUUUUUUCGUUAUAAAAAUGCUUAAACAUGGAUCUGUGACACAACGUCAAGCAAUAUUUGAUGCGUUUCGAGGUCACUGUGUGUCGUUGUUACGCGUGUCAUCAGCAGCACAAGUUUUAGAGUCAGCCUACAAUGAUUAUGCAAAUGCACAACAGCGAUAUAACAUUAUUAUUGAAUUUUUCGGAGUAGAUUUUGCCUCUUUCAAGGCUGUUGAUAAUAGAGUACGCACACUGAAAGAAAUAAUAGACGACUGUCCGAACAGAAAAUCAUCAGUUGUCAAAUAUCUUCAAAGCAUCCUCAUUGAUAUUGUGGACAAGCCUCAAAUAAAGUUAAGUUUGACGCAUCGUUUGUUGAGUGAUUUUUUCGAAUUUGCCGACAGCAAACAGUUAGAAGAGAUGAUUGAUUCACUAAAACUAUGCAUACCUCAGAUCGUCCACACAAGUGAUGGCGUGCGCGUCGCAAUGAAAUGUUUGUGGAAUAGCUCUGCGAAGACGAGAAAGAUAAUGUUGAAAAACUUCAAAGGGUUGAUAACGAAAACUUGCAUGGAGGAGUUUGCGCAUCGUUUUUUGAUUGCUGUUUUCGAUACUGUGGAUGAUACGGUACUAAUUGAUAGAUGUCUUAUAAAGGAGCUGUUGAAUAACAUUGGCGAGAUUGUUAAAAGUAAUUAUGGUGUAAAAGUUAUGCAUCAUUUAAUUCAUCCAAGAGAUCCUCGCUUUUGUUCAGCAUCACAAGUUGCAAUUUAUAAAGCGGGAGACGGGAAUCCAUACAGCAAAAAGGAUUCCAAGAUACGUUACGGAGAGUUAUUUUCAUAUAUUCAGAAGCCAUUUUGCAACUAUUUCGCAGCAAACAUGGAUGCUUUACUUUUUGAAAGCCACGCAUCAUUACUUAUUUUGGAUAUGCUGGAGGCUCCAACUGAUUUGGAUUUUUUCGAUCGGAAAGUGAGCAUGGAAGAUCGUGCAGCCUGUUAUGAUGCAAUUGCAUCACUAUGCAGCCGAGAAUUUAUACCAUGUGACGAAGGACAACUUCAUCCAGUUGAACAUCCCCAAGCACAUUUUGUAAUUUCUAAAUUGCUAAAAAGUGAUUGUAAAUUUGAUAUCAAGCUCGGUGAUUUUAUUGUGAAACGGUCUAGAAAUCAAUUAUCAUCUUGGCUCGCAUGUAAUAAGGGAUGUUUCAUACUUCUGCAUCUCCUUGAAAAUGCAUCUCCGCAAACUCAAGAAUUGGUGAGAAAUACACUGUCCUUAGCAACAGUAGAAAGGUAUCACACAAAAGGAGCUGUUGUAUUAAAGCAGAAAUUGAAGUAAUGUUAUUAGUGUAUGUAAUUUUCUCGCAAUGUCAUGCUUAAAUAAAUUGUUGCUCUGUUUUUCUGUUCGGCUAAUGUUCAUUCAGUGGUUUCCAACUUGUGGUGCGCGAGAACUGAAGUAUGGUCCGUGAGAGCGCCGGCGAGUGAGUAGAAAAGAGAUGGGAGCCGUUCUUAUCAAUGUUUAGUGAAUUAAUACGUCA